UUCCCCUGAGGGAUAGAAAGAGAGAGAGAGGAACUGGAAAAUAGAGCGAGAGAGCGAGGACGGGAAGCACGAAUGGGAAAAGUGAGGAAGCUGUGACAGCGGCUCCUUCAACAGUGACCUGACAUUGUCUUCUUCUGUCCUACAAGAGAGAGCAGCGUGCUGUUUUUAAACAACUGGAUUGGAUCCACAGCUCCGUUAUCUACUACCUGCAAAACAGUGAAGACGGACCUCCUCUCAUUGGCUGGCUGGGGGAUGAUCCAGGGUUGCGCUUCUGAAGAGGGUGCACUGGGCCUGAGGCCUGACUCGGACAGUUGGCGGCGUGCAGCUGAGCGUGGGCAUGACGAAAGAGUGGGCAGAGGAGAGCAGCUGUAGGACACCUCUCACACUGCAGAAACUUACACACACAUACUGAGGACUGGAACCCGCAGUCCCCCGUACCCCUGCUUUGGAACCAGGGUUUUUUUUCUUGUAAAAAUUUGAAAACGUUUUUCAAAUGAGGCGCAGAGAAGAGAUUGACCGAGCCACGCAGUCAGUGUGGCCUGUAUAACUGAGGCCAUCUUCAUCACCCGCAUCAUAACUGCAUCUUCCUCUUGCACAGCUCUGCCGCUGUCAGCCCAAUGGGCAGGUGUGUCCAGGGCACAGUCCUGACACACUGUUGCUUUCGCACGGCGUUCCUGCUACAUCCAGACCGGCAGUCAGACAACAUUCACACUGAAAGAGCAGCAGGAUAGUGUGUGUUGAGUGGCAAACUUUUAAAUAAUUUUCUUAAAAAGAUUAUCUUGCAACAAAAAUUGAUGUGUCGCCUUCAGAAGGUUCCCAGCUUCUUUUGAGUGCUUUUAAUCAGUAAUUGGGUUUUUAAUGUUAUUUAAUUUUGAGUAGACCAGGGGUUCAUUGCAAUACUGCAGGCCUCCUCUGUGUUAAGGACGGGGCUGUAGGGUUGCGCAUCUCCAUUCGCUCCACAGCCCCUUUUCCGCUGGACUUAUUUUGGAAUCUCCCUUCAUUUGGGGAUGUUGAACCCCCAUUUUACCUUCUUUUGUUUUUGACCUGUGGCGCGAAGCCUGUAUCUUGGGAAGUACAGCAGAGGCAGGCCAGUCGGGGUGUGACUUGCCCUUGAGGAUAGGUCGCAUCCCUGCACGCACCGCUACAUUCCCGCCGCUUUCGGAUAAGAUGCGCGGCGAGCCCCGCGCCGGGCGCAGGCCAGCCGGCUCGUUCUGAGGGAUGCCCACUCCGUGAGCGACCCGCACCGCGGACAGAGAGGAUGGCGGAGCACGCGGAGCUGCUGGCGGAGAUGGCCUCCGUCAGCCGCAUGACCACGACGGAGCGGCUCAAGCACGCGCAGAAGCGGCGCGCGCAGCAGCUGAAGGGGUGGGCGCAGCUCGAGAAGGAGGGGCCCCGGAGCCACAGGGGGGGCAAGGGUGGGGCGGGGCCGAAGAAAGGCCGCAGGGUGGUCUUCCCCCACAACAUCACCCUGCUGGAGGCCGCGGCGCGCAACGACCUGGAGGAAGUGACCGAGCUCUUGAACAGCGGGGUUAGUCCAGACCUGUUCAAUGAGGAUGGGCUGACAGCUCUGCAUCAGUGCUGUAUUGAUGAUUUUGAAGAGGUAGUAUGUGCUCUCUUGGCUGCGGGUGCAAAUGUGAACGCCUGUGACAGUGAACUGUGGACCCCACUGCACGCAGCUGCCACCUGUGGACACACCAGUCUCGUGGAGUUGCUCAUCAAGCAUGGUGCUGACCUGCUAGCUGUCAAUGCAGAUGGGAACAUGCCCUAUGACCUUUGUGAGGAUGAGGUUACUCUGGAGUUAGUUGAGACAGCCAUGGCUGAACAGGGUAUUACCCAGGUGCGGAUCAAUGAGUGCCGGGGGGCAAAGGAGCAGGAGAUGAUCAGAGACAUCCAGGCUCUGAUCAAGGUGGGAUCUGACCUCAAUGCGCAGGAUGACAACGGAGCCACUCUGUUGCACAUUACAGCAGCAAACGGGUAUCACUCUGCAGCAGAGCUGCUGUUGGAGCACCGGGCCCGAGUGGAUGGAAGAGACAGUGAUGGCUGGACCCCCCUGCACGCUGCCUCCUGCUGGGGACAGAUACAGAUGGUGGAGCUGCUGGUAGCAAAUGGAGCCAGCCUGAAUGCCAAGUCUGUACUAGAGGAGACACCACUUGAUGUGUGUGCCGAUGAGGAGGUGAGGGCCAAGCUGCUGGACCUGAAGCACAAACAUGAUGCCAUCAUGAAGAGCCAGGACAGACACAAGAGCACGCUCCAGAGACGAGCCUCCAGCACAGGCAGCCGAGGCAAGGUAGUCCGGCGUGUCAGUGUCAACGAGCGCUCGAGCCUGUAUCGCCGGGAGCACCAGAAGGAGGCGAUGGUGUGGCAGGAGCGUGGGCGGCAGGUGGAGGCGCAGGAUGACGACGAGGACAGACAGACGGACACCGAGCUCAUGCAACACGCUACCUUGGCUGGUACAUCAGAGCCCAUGGCAGGGAGGGUUGAAGACCCCCAAGAUGAGGAAAAGAGGGAGUCCAGGCUAGGGAAUGGAGGGACUCCCCAGCCCUCUGGGCCUGACUCCUCUCUCUUGGUUCCUGGGGAGCUGCGUGAAGGGGGUCGUCUGGACCGCAGUGCCUCAUACUCGCUGGCCACAGCCCACGAAGAUGCCAUGGGGGGUGACAUGAGCCGCGAGAAGUCCCACCACACCCUGGCUGACCUGAAACGCCAGCGUGCGGCUGCCAAGCUGCACAAACAUCCUGCGCCCCCACCUCCCUUAACACCACCUGAAGAGGAGAUUCCUCCUGCUGAGCACUCCCACCCCACGGACCGUGCCAGCCCCACCACUGUCUACUUCACCCCUGCCAGCGGAGACCCUCCCUUGCUCAAACUGCGGGCUCCAGAGGAGGAGUCCCCUCCAGGGAAGCAGCCGUGCUGUGGACUGAUGUAGUGUCUCUGGCCCCUUGCUCGGCACUGAACUGCACACUCGCUGAUCCUGUUCAGAAAGUCAUAUCGGACUCCUGAAUCCUGACAGACUCUCGACAGCCAGCUAGUUGGGCAUGAGCAAAUCACAAGGGUCAUUUGGCCAUUCAGGUCAUUCUAUUAUCUUCUGCACUGUGUCAUUCCAUUUUAGCAGUAGUAAGAGUUUUGAAAGGUCCUAAAAUAUGGCUUGUCUAUUGGUAGAAGGAGCCUCUUACAUUUCUAUAUGUUUGCCAGUGAGGGAGCAAAUUGCCCAUUCAGUCAACAUGGACAGGAUAAUGUAUUAAGCUGCAAAGGGAUGCACUGAGUGCUUGUUGUGAUCUGGUGUCGGGAAAUGUGCUGGAGAGGGUAAUGAUUUCUGCCAUCCAGCGUGUUCAAUGUUGCAAUCAAAUCCUCCAGAAAGAGCAGGGAGUAUUCGUCACUGUCAUCUAGCCUGAGUACAGCGGUUUUGGGGGACACAGACAAUUUUGUUUUCCAACAGAAAUUUGAGCUGUGUGCUGUAUAUCAGAGUUAAUGCAGGCCAGGGACAUUUAUCAUUAGGAUGGAUCACUAGUUUUUUCUCAGUCCCCUAAGUGCAGUAUGUUUAGUACAGAGCGAAAUGCUUUAUAUGGCCCGGUCAGAUUAAAGACCACAAAACUAAUACAAAUAAUUGCAGCAGUGGGAGACAUUCCAAAAUGAGAGCGCAUGAGCACCACCUGUUGUUCAAAUAUGGUUAUGUACAUAGAAGUGUCAUUUCUGUUUGAGGCAUUUCCAUUUGUAUGCUGAGAGGAGGUGGCUCUGCCUGUCUGCAUAUUUGUCUGGAACGACCAAGCCCCUCCCUUCCCUUUACUCUGAAAAUCAUCGGAGAAAAUGCAAAAACCAAUAAUGGCUGUGACUGUACAAUCUGUCUUGUCAAUACAUAUGUCAAUAUAGAGAAUCUUAAUACAGACAGCUUGAUACAAGUAUAGGGGUAGUUUAUUUUACAUGACAACGUUAUGGAAAUAAUACAUUACGAAAUAACGUUAAAAGAAUCAGCUAAUGGAGAAGCUUAUAGUAUUAAGUUUAAGUUAAGGUCCAGCUAUUUUACACCAUAUUAAAUUGUAGGGAUUAGGGCUCUGAAGUUUAUUCCAGAAGUUUCCAGACCAUUUCCAGCACUGUGCUGUACUCAGUUCACCCUGCUCAGUGUGAGAGAGCAGCUGCACUUCUCCCCAAGCUGUGAUGAAAGGUGCGCUUGAGCUCCUUGUUUGUCUUGGAUGGUGCCAGCAGCAGGAGUUGGUCCGACCCCAGCGGCUUUACUGUGGCGAGCCAGGUACUCCCUCCCCAAAGUCUGCAGUGGUCGUCUCCAUGGAAAAGCAGAGAGUUCGUGGAGAAAAGCAAGGGCUUACAUGCAAUUUAAAACUACCGAUGGCGGUCAUGAAACGGAGUGAAAAAAUCUUGAAAUCAUUUCAAUGGGUGUGACGGCAGUGAUUUGAUAAAAGCUAAUUUGUUUUACUAUUUAAGACAUUUAAUGGCAGUCAGUGUUGGAAAUCAGGGUUGGAGACAAACUGGAUUUUAGUUUUGAUGGGAGUGUUUGAAUUCAUCUAUGAGCAGGACUGAGUUUCUAUUUGUAAUCUCCAGGCGUCAUUCUUUUCUUAAACUACUGGUAAGCCAGACAGAAUUUCUAAUUCAGAGUUGAUGAAAGUGUUUGGAUGCACAAAACUAGUAGAAUUUAAACCAAAUAAUUCUUGGCUUUUUGGAAAUGAGAGAGUGUGGGUUGGUUGAGUUUUUCUGUGUACUGAUGAUGAGAAUGGAGAUGAAUUUGACUUAAGUUGCUCUUUUGAGUUUUUCUUAAUUACUUAUAAGCUUUGGUUGGGAGAUGAAAUUAUAUUUUACUUUGCACUCGUUAAUUCUGGGAGUGUUUGAUGUUUUUGAUAGGUCAGGCAGUGUAUGAGGUUAUGAUUGAGCUUUAUGUAUACUGUAUAUAUGUGUUUAUAUUCAUUAUAACAGCCUGUGGCCAAGUGUCAAGUCAUCAGGCCAGGCUCAGUACCUGUCUGGAGGAGAAAGGGCUUAAGUACUGCUCAGGUCGAAGUGUGAGUAGUUGUUUCCAGCUGUUGUCCAGUGCAGCAUGGGUAAUCGUUCCACUGGUUGUAAUGUUUUUCAGAAGCAGUUUUCUGCUGAUUUAAUUGGAUGAUCCAAACCAUCUAAUGGAGUCUGCGCAGAGAACUGGGCAGGGAACAGGGUUCCCAUGACCUGUGAGGGUGCACUAAUUUUAAUUGAGCAGGACCAGCGAACCCUCUACAGAUGUAGCUUUCUAACCAUGAAGAUUCCCAAAUAUUUCUUCAGUAUUCCUUCUUUUAAAUUAUUGGUGCAAAUUAUAGAAUUAGUGUUUAAAAGUUUUAGGAAUUAGCAGGUUUCAUGUAAAAUGUUACCUUUUGUGACAAUCAGAAAUUUGUUAUAUACCGACCAAAUAUUUUACAGAAGAUGUGCAGAUUUAAAUAGGAAUGUUUAAUUUUCUAUAUCUAGUCUGAAAUAGCCAUUCGCCUCUCAAAAAUUGGAAAUUAGCUCACUAACCAAUGUGACUCCCUAUCAGAUCACUGUGUCUUCACUUGCGCUGUGAUCUCGGUUAGUCUUGCUUCUGCCAAUUGUGCUUCAGGGACAUUCAGGUACAUACAUUCCUCUCUUCUACCUGCUGAGUUGCUCAUGUUGCACAAGCUGCAAGCUACUACAUUUUAGAAAUCAAAUACUGUAUCUGUUUUUAGAUUGGACAUAGUAUACUUUAGUUUCUGUGGCUGGUUUGGGAAAUGUGUUUUGCUGGGCAAUCUUCAAGGAAUUAAGGCCUGCAGACUGCUUUUCAAGCUGCAGUCCAAAAUCCUGGGUCCCAGAAUCUCAUUUUUAGGCAGGUUGUUAGGCAUUAUAUUGGACUUACACGACAUGGCGACUUUACUGUUUUGUGUUCUUAUGUAUAUGCUGUAUAUACACCUCAAGCCAUUACUAUAAAUGGACAGAUGAUGUACAAUAUUACAGAAUCAAAGCUUAAUCUUUUAAUUUUUUUAAACUACACAUUUUCAGGACAAUUCUUUUCUUUUAUUCUGUACCUCCAGUGGAAAAAAAUCAAAAAGGAGACUUUGGAAGGGGCUACUUUCUAAUAAUCCAGGUUUUUGGCAGGCCUUAAUGUCAGCUGUGCAGACUGCUGUGGUGGAGCUGGAGUGAAGUGUGAGUGCAGUCGGUGUUUAAUGUGGCUAAAAUGACUUCUAGAUCCCAUCUUCUGGUCUGACCUCCAGCUUUGCAUUAACUGACUGCCUUCAACUUACAGAGACCUAGACAGUGUAUAGAGAGAAUGAACUGCUGUAUUCAUCCCCACAAAAAGAAAUCUAUUCCUUUUUCAUUGUGCAAUAACAAGAGUAGAUAUUUCUCACAUGUGGUAUAUUUGAGCAGGGGGAAGGAAACUUUGUGAACAUGGUCCACUGUGAAGAAUUUAAUUGUGCAUUACAGUCUUUUACUCUCCUGUCUUGUGCUACUCCAGUCUCCUUAUUUUAUUUCAUUCUGUCAUUCUUGAUGAAUAUCGGCUGAAAGCUCAAGGGGAGAGGAGAUGCCUAUUCACUUUGACCAUUGUAAUUAGCAUUGUUCAAUUUUAGAAAACCUUGCUUGUUAUUUUGUUGACUAUUUCAUACAGUUAAAGGGUUAUUGGACCUACUACUGAUUAGAAUUAAAAUAAAUUUCAUAGA